CUGGUCCUGUUGGAAGGAGCCUCCUAGUGGUUGCAUUUUUACUUCAAGUGAGAGGACGAAGAGUAUGAAGUAGCAAGACAGACCGGAUCAUGAAGCAAGACAAUCGGUGGCUGUCGUCUUAGCGUACUAAGAACAAGAAGAAGAUCAUGUUCAUGAUAGUGAAGAAAUAAGGGGAUCCAAAAUCAUACGUGAAGAAAGGCUCUUCAGCCAGACCUCCAGAAGUAGUUCCAUCUGCUCGGUAUUGCUACUGGCUCAAGGAUCUAAUCUUUGGUCACUUCUUGUACUUCUGAAAAAAAAAAUAUCAAAAUGUGGGAUGUUGGGAUCGAUCGAGACAUGCGAAGUGCAAAUGUCAUUAUUACGCAGUAGAAAUGAAAAAUCGCCACCUCUCGUGACGAGAGUCUCGUCCAGCAGGUCGGUUUCUGUUUAUCAUGCCAAAUAAGAAGUGCUUGUAGAAGUACUUUGCUCGAAAUAAGGAAGAACUUACCUAGCAGAAAAUUUGCGUCUUGAAGAAGUCAGUGGAUAAAAUUAAGAACAGCACCAGGUGAGCGUGAAACUUACCGCAAAAAGUACAUUCUUGUUUAUCCUACAACCAACCUGCCCCCCCCCGGAGUUCUAAUUUGUCGCAGUAUUUCUAUUUUUGGACUACAGAAUUACUCACAUAUUUUUGGACAGCAUUACUCAGUAUUUUUGGCCCUAGAAGAAACAAAAAUCCAGCGUAUCUUAUCUCUUGUAGUUGUACCAACAAAUAACAACGACUACUGACUGGUCGUGGACAUCGACAUCAAGAUGCUGCAUCCUCGUGGUAAAGCUUUUACUGCUGCAGGAGCGUGGUCUAUUUCUGCUCUCGUCCUCCAACAACUCGGCCAGAGCUGCUCUAUGCUUUUGCCCCUGCUGAGCACGACGAACUUCAGCCUUGCUUCCGCUGUCGCUGCUUCAUCUCUGUCCUCAACGUCGCCCAGCAGACGCGGAGCAGCGUCGUCUAGUAGAGCUGCGUUCUUAUCUGCAUCUACUCGAAACUCAGGAGCGGAGGCUGUUGCAGCAUCUUCAUCUACUUCUUCAAAUGCUGACUUAGUAGACUUUCCAGGUCUAUAUCAUGUACCGCAGGAGAUACAAUUACAACUUGAGCCGAUGCAUAAGGUGCGGGACGAUGUCAACACGCCUGCUCAACAACGGGCCGACGCCAAGCCGCGCGACUUUCUUAAGUCGCCAGUCCCAGCACCCAGAGAUAAGACCGCCGCGCAAAUCGGUGCUUUGCGGUCGUUCAGAGAGGGAGAGAUUCAAAAGUUGACAUCCUCAUCAGGGGCCCUCGGCGACACAAACCUGGUCGUGGCACCGUCCGUGGAGCAAGAGGAUGAGGGCUCUGUGGACGUGGACCAAGAACAAGAUGAAAACGAUGACCAUCGUCAGGGUAGUUCAUCUCCGUCCGUGGAGCAACAAGACGAUGCUCGUCAGAGUUCUCCGUCCUCCGUGAAGCAAGAAGAUCACGAGGGCGCUGUGGAUGUGGACGAAGAACAAGAUCAUGAAGACGAUAACCAUCGUCAGGGUUCUCCGUCCGUGAAGGAGCAACAAGACGAUGCUCGUCAGAGUUCUUCUUCUUCCCCGGCGGAGCGCGUGGAGUUGCGCCGGCAGCUGUCGCAACCCUCACGGGAAAAGCUGGAAGUAUUGCAGGAUCUGGCCACGGAGUACAACGCCUUAGUGGAGCGCACGAACGUGACCGAGGCAGAUUUUUGGGCUGGCCACAUCACGAACGGAAAGGCAACCACCGAUCUUGCGCAGAUUGAAGCCGCCGCGGAUAUGCUACAGGAGAAGGUUGAUUCGGUGCAUGUUGCGGAACUGCACUCGGGCAAGGAAACGGCCCGGGCGCUGCGGCGCAGGUUGAACGCGGAUCUGGAGAGCUUCUUCGAGCGGUUAUCGGCCUUGUUCCAGGAAUUGCGCGUUGCGAAGAUGGCGGCGGGGGAUCCGAACGCAGCCGGCCAAGCUCAUGCGUGAUAUAAUACAAAUAGAAGUGCCUGCUUAUUCGGAGUGACUCCAUGCAUGUCACACACUAUAAGUUAAAGGCGCCUCUACGUCUUUGCUUUUCCGUGGAGACUUAGAGGUUGAAAUAAUGGCCAGCAAGAAGGGACAAGGCAGGAGGGACCAUGACAAACCAAACCCACCACGACCAUGUUGGCUCUCCGUGGUCCUUCUCUUGUUCGUAUGUGAACGUUACUACUACAGCUUGCUCUUCGGCUUUCAACAACACCACCGCGCUCUGUCUCUACUUUUCGAUACUGCUACUUACUUCAUGCAGCGAUCGGGGCAUGCACUAUGUAGGUCGGGGGAGCAGGUGUCUCGCCUUCGCUUCCGCUGCCGCCCUCCUUCCCGGAAACUACAACUACCUACCUGUCUAAGAUUUUUCACCAAGUGUCGUGUACGAUUGCUUUUAUAUAUACAAAGGAAGAGACCGAGACAACUGAAGAAGGACAGAAACCGACGAAAGUGAU